AUGAAAGUGACUGAGCUGAGUUCUGGAGACAACAUCUCUCCCAAUGACGCUCAUGUUUAUGACCAGAAAAUUAUUCGGCGGAGGAUAUAUGAUGCACUAAAUGUCCUAAUGGCGAUGAACAUCAUCUCCAAAGACAAGAAGGAAAUCAAAUGGAUCGGCUUCCCAACUAAUUCUGCUCAGGAGUGCAAGGACCUGGAGGCCGAGGGCCAGCGACGACUUGAAAGAAUCAAGCAGAAGCAGUCUCAGCUUCAAGAGCUUAUACUACAGCAAAUAGCCUUCAAGCGCCUGGUGCAAAGGAAUCGCGAGGCAGAGCAGAAGAACCACAGACCUCCUCCCACCACAGUCAUCCACCUCCCCUUCAUCAUAGUGAACACCAGCAAGAAGACCGUCAUCGACUGCAGCAUCUCAAAUGACAAGUUUGAGUACCUGUUUAACUUUGACAACAUGUUUGAGAUCCAUGAGAAGAUCGAGGUGCUGAAGUGCAUGGGCAUGGCGCUUGGGCUCGACUCCGGCAAAUGUACGCCGGAAAAUCUGAAGAUAGCCCGAACCCUCAUACCUAAAGCGCUGGAACCUUAUGUAACAGAUAUGGCACAGGGAGUCCACAGACAUUCUCAUACAAACAGUGAUAACGGAGCUGUUUCCACUAUGGCCUCCAGCUCCAACAGCUCGUACCAUGGCAGCUCUCGUGAUACUCCGGCAUCCUUCCUGGAAGACAAGGAAGAGGACGAAGAUGAGGAUGAUGAGGACUUUGAUGAUGAUGAUGAAGAUUAACUCUUCACCCUGCCUUCGCCUGAGUCAGCACCGCCUACAGCACGGUGGUGUGGCUGAAGUGUGAUGUAUGUUGUGAUGAGAGGUUUCAGUUCUGUGACCUCUGAAAAUCCUCGUAUGGUUGUACGUUCUUAGCAACCUUUCAUAGUCUGCUGAGCAAAGUGCAGCUGCCUUGACAAGGAUCUCAGUGGUGCUUUGGAAAUAGAGUUUUUUUUAUUUAGUGUUUUUUUUUUGACCACACCCCCUCCCUUUUUUUUAACCUCCACCGUCACUGUUUGAUUCUUUCGUAACACUUAUUUUUUUUUCCUUCUGUUGGAAGUUGAGACUUUAAUGCUCAUGUGAUCCUCUAGUUGUAAUUUAUCCACUAUGACCAUCAAUUUAAAUGGACUUUUCCUGUCCAAAGAUUUGAAUAUGCUUUGAGUUAUUGGAUAGACAUUUUCCUAACCUUCAGUUUGAUAUGGCAGAUUUUUUUGCUUGUUUGUUUUUUUUUUUUGUUAAACUGUUACUUUUCAUACAGGCAACUGUUUUCUUACCUUAGGUGGGUUUUGGAGUUGAACACCUUCCACCAAGUGUCAUGUUAUAAUAACAUUUGAUUUGUAAUUACAAACGCAGUGUGUCUAGUUAAGAAAUGAAUAUUAAAUUGUUCCGCAGAUGUUCAUUAUGUAAAUUCCUUUUUUUUAACAAUUAUUUUUGAAAGAAGAACAAAUAUCUUACAGAUAAUAUACAUUUUAUAUGGGUUUAUAUGGACAUGGGGUUGUUCUGCAGUUCUUCUGUGUGUCUAAACUCCUUAUUUCAGGAAGGGCUAACAAAAGCAUACACGGUAUUUGUACUCUUUUAUUCAUAUCUUUAUUUUAAGAUUUACUGUAUGUUGAUAAUUAACCUACAUACCAUUUUUAAAUAAUAAAAAAACAUUUUGGACAAGUUAAUGCAACUAAAUUAUUUAUUUUUUCUUUUCUUUUUUUUUUGUAAAUCUUUAAGAUUGUCUCUAAUACAAAGGUUGAUUUGCAAAGCAAAGGUUUUUUUUUUGUGUGUUAUUGAUUCAUACUGGAAUGACCUGGAAAAUAAAAUUGAAUGAACAAGGGAAAAAAAAGUAUGAUAAUGAACUGUUGUGAAAGGUUUUUAAAAAUAUUUAUUUCACUAUACUUCAUCCAAAACAAGCUUACUUUGUAUUAUUUUCUUGAACUAUAUCUGCUCCAUGAUUUUCAGUCAUUUUAACCCAGAAACCCAUUUUUUUAUGCACUAAAUAAAUGGAUAGUCCGAGCUUUAUGAUUGUUUAAAACUAUGUUCCUACUCCAAACCAUUACUCAUUUAAAUGGUGGUGUCAUGUAUCAAGAAACUCUGGACUCCACUUCCCAUCAGCCACUGCA